UAAAACACACAAAACGAGGCAAAAGCUCCCCUUCUCUCUGUAUCCACUAAAUAUUUAGAUUCCUUUUUUUUCACUGUUUUAGUGUUUUUUUCUUUCAUUUGUUUCUGUCAUUUCAUUCAUCUCUCAUUUCCCUUCUUCACAAAUCUCUGCAACAACAAAAAAAAGUUUUCAAUUUCGUCACUGGGUUAGCGGCAAUCUCUGCAAACUUUCUCAUUGGCUGUAUCUUCCACUUGCUCCAAGAAAUGGGUUUUCUUUACUAAAAUGGUUUCAUCAAGCUUAACCCAAAGUUGGGUUCUUUUUUGUUCUUGCUCCAAAUGGAUAUUAAUUUCAUGAACUAGAUCGUUUUGUUGUUGGUGAAAAGGGGAAAAAAUGGGUAGUGGAAGCUCAAAAGCUGAUAAAAAUGAAGCCUUGCGUUUAUGUAAAGAGAGGAGGAGAUUCAUAAAGCAAGCUAUUGAUUCAAGGUAUGCACUUGCGGCUGCUCAUGUUUCUUAUGUUCAAUCUCUUAGAAAUAUUGGUAUAGCUUUAAGAAGAUUUGCUGAAGCUGAGGUUUUGAUAGAGUCUUCUUUAUUAACCUCGGCUACCGAGCCUGAUAAAACCCCUUCACAUUCUUCAUACCCUUCACCAUCUCCUUCUCAUUUAGGAGCUGAUGUUUGUGAUUCACCAUUGGAGAAUGAAAGUCCCAUUUCUCCGGUAACCACGAAUUUGAGUUACAUGAGAGCAGGGAAUAGUGCUGCUUUGACUGUUAAGGUUAAUCCUAAUAAUGGUGGUGGUUGUUUAGAGGAUGAGUCAUUGGCAAUGGCAAUGGCAAUGCCACCGCCCCCACCUCCUCCUUUUGAGUCUGGUUCUUGGGAUUUUUUUGGUCCUGUUGAUGAUAGUGAGAGCUUUAGAUUUAUGGGGAAUAAUGGGGUUGAUUUGGAUUUUGAGGAUUUGAGAGGGUGGGGAGAGUUUAGGAAUAAAGGGUUUGAUCAUGGUGGUUUGGAUGAAAACAAUGAGUUGAAUGAAGGGCCGGAAUCAGAGAGAAAAGCUGUUGUUGAAAUGUCGAAUAGUUCCGCAACUCGUAAGUAUAGCCGUGGUAGAUCAAUGGAGGAUGAUACAUUUUUUAUUGGAUUAGGGGGAGGAAAUGGUGGUACUAGGCAGAUAAAUGACAAGGAGGUGGAUCAUAAUGUCAGUGGUCCAAGUGAAACUUUGAUGAGCAAAAGUGGGCUCGAACAAUCGAGUUCGAAGAAAGGAAAAGCAAUGGCAGAUAAAGAUUUAUCUACUGAAAGGGAAGAUCCUUCUGAGUUUAUAACCCAUAGAGCUAAGGAUUUUCUUUCAAGCAUAAAGGAUAUCGAACAUCGAUUCUUCCGAGCAUCAGAAGCAGGUAGGGAAGUCUCCCGGAUGCUUGAGUCUAACAAAAUCAGAGUUGGAUAUUCUGAAGCCGAAGGGGGAUCCUCGGCAUUGCUGGCAGCUUUGCAACCUGUUUGCUGCCGUGGAAGGACUGGUCUGGUUUCUCAUGAGCCGGUGCUACAUGUAACCAAAGUCAUACAUUGGAAGAGGUCAGCAUCUUCAAGGUCUUCUUCAUCAAGGAAUCCACUAGCCACGGCCUCUAAAGACGAUGCUGAUGACAGUGGAAGUGAUUUUGUUGAAGAGUUCUGCAUGAUUUCCGGUAGUCAUUCAUCCACCUUGGACAGACUUUAUGCAUGGGAAAGAAAACUCUAUGAUGAAGUGAAGGCUAGUGAAUCUAUCAGGAAGGAGUAUGAUCGAAGAUGUGAUCAGCUCAGACACCAGUUUGCUAAGGAUAUUAGCACCCAAGUGAUUGAUAAAACGCGGGCAGUCGUUAAGGAUCUACAUUCCCGAAUUAGAGUAGCACUUCAUUCUGUUAAUACUAUAUCAAAGAGGAUCGAGAAAAUGAGAGAUGAAGAGCUGCAGCCACAACUUGUAGAGUUAACUCAAGGGUUUCUUAGGAUGUGGAAGGCCAUGCUUGAAUGCCAUCAUUCACAGUACAUCACCAUCUCGCUGGCAUACCAUGCAAGGAACUCGACGGAUGCGCCACAAGGAGAUGCACGCAGGCAGAUUAUGGUGCAACUUCAGCAAGAGAUUGAGUGCUUUGGCGUAAGCUUUACAGACUGGGUUAAUAGCCAUGCAUCUUAUUUAGAAGCUCUGAAUGGUUGGCUGCAAAACUGCAUCAUAGAACCUCAGGAACGUUCUAAGAAUCGGUAUCCAUUCUCACCUCAUCGAUAUCUGGGAUUCGGACCACCGAUAUUCGUUCUGUGUCGUGAAUGGUCAGCUGGGAUAAAGGCCUUACCAGCCGAGGAACUUAGUGCUGCCAUCAAAGCCUUCUUAUCCGAUAUUUGUCACUUAAUGGACCAACAACUAGAACAACAACAGAAGAAAGACAAAUCAGUUGAUGCAAACAACGGAGAAUCAGAGAGCAGAGAUGGUCUUAACUUGUUAACGAACGGUGACACAACUGCUGACGUAUCUUCAAACUUGUGCUGCAUACAGGCAAGCUUGACUCGGGUUCUCGAUAAACUAAACAAAUUUUCUGAGGCCUCGGUGAAAAUGUAUGAGGAUGUUAGACAAAAAAGUGAUGCAGCUCGAAUUGCAUACCUCAAAUUGCAGGCCAACUAGAUUCAAUGUAAAGCUAUGUAAUGAUGAAAAUAUAAGCAUUAUUAAUAUUCAGGUUUUGGAAAUAGAUGGCUGUAAAUUAGAGUUGCAAGUAAACCAUGCAGGACUCAAUAAUCUGCAUUAUUAGUUCAAAACCAAUUUUUUCCGUUGUUU